AUUGCAAAAAUGCACAUCUGAUUAUUUUUUGAAGAAGCCUGUUGUUGUUCAUUGAAAAUGUCUUCUCGGAAAGGAAAUUCGUCGAAGAAAGGCCAGAAGCACAGCAAUGCCCAUGCAUACAAGGUGUCGCCUUAUGACAAGGCGCGCAGGCGUGCUGUGGAAGGAAUAGCAACAGAUGCGACCUGUCCGCGAUGUCACGAAAAAUUGGAGUGGAAAAAGAAAUACGAUAAAUACAAGCCUCUGACAGUCCUGAAGAAAUGCGUCCAAUGCCAGAACAAAUGUAUCAAGGAAGCAUAUCGGAUAAUGUGCCGGCCCUGUGCCGAUGCGAAAGGUCUCUGUACCAAAUGCGGAAAGCCAAUCCCAGCGGAGGAUGAGAGUGAUGCCGCGGCAAGUGGUGGUACAGCUCCACCGGCCGCAGCAUCAACGUCGGCCUCAGCAUCAGCAGCUGCGGAUAGCGAUGACGAAGAUGGGUGCAAUGAUGAUGAAGAUGAUGAAGAUGAAGAUGCAGGUGAUGAGCCCACAUAAAGUCGAGUGGCUCUUUAUGAGCUCCUGCGUCAUGCACGAGUUAACGCUUUGCUCCUGUGUCUAGCUCUGUCUUUGUUUGCCGGGGCUAGGGACUGUGCCAUGCCCAGCACUGACUGACUUGUAAGGCUGGAUAGAGCUUGGCUUGCGCUGCAAUUGCAGAACGAAGAAGCUGCUAAUGUUGGCUGCUUGCGCUGACAUGUGUGUUGCCCAUUGUCCCAUCGGUGUGUACAUUGACCCAGCUCCAGUUUCCCACCCGUACACAGACAGCCUGUACUUGACCAGAUAGCUGCUGCUGGUGGGCCUGAGCAGCAUACAUGUACCAGCUCAUGUCGUUAUCCCCUGUGUGGAGCCCUCUCUAAGCCGAGAGGGGAAUGGAGGAGCGAUGGAGAAUAGCGCCAAUUCUCCGCUGGUAAUUUGUGUAUCACGCCACAUAGCAGAUUUUUCUUCUUCUUGCCGUGCUGCGUUAUACAGUUAGUCCAGGAAAGAUUUGAAUUACUUGAUUAACAUUUAGGUUUUUUUAAAGAAAAGAAUUAUGUUGCCUGAGUGAAGACGUGCACUGCGCCGUUCUCAGCUGUUAUUUUUCUGUUUCCUAGCUAAGGCCACCCUUUGUUAAUUCAUUGUUUAACGUCCUUUUUUUCGCGAAAAGGUACGCGGGAGGGCGGAAAAAAAACAAAAGCCCAUUCCAAAAACUGGAAACCCCAAUCAAACAUUUUGACCAGUGAAGCAUGUGAUAUAAACAAUAUUUCUGGGUCUAACGGCACUUGCAGGCAUAGAACAACACUCUUUGAUGGUACAUUGGAGCACAUGCCUGAUGAAUCCAACAAAACAGGUACAUAGCAUGGAGUUAGCAUGUCAUGAAUUCAUUACAUCUGGAUUUUUACUAGGACACACACCGUACGAUAUUUAAAAGCCAACAAAAAAAAGAAAAAGAACACAAGACAAAGGCAUGCCCGGGAGGCAAGAUUAUAAGUUUAAGGUCAUGAUCGGCACACUGUGAAACUACACAAUCAUGUACUACACAACUUCGCAUAUUAUUGGUACUACUACUUUCUUGUUUUUUUUUCCGGUCGGAGGCAAAAAGGUACUCGGGCGCGGACGUUAAACAACGAAAAAAGAAAGGGUGGCCUAAUGAAGAAAACAAUGCGACACUUCAUUCACGUCCCCAGUUCUCUGAUUCUGAAGACGGAAGCGGAUCAGUUUGA